AUGCAUCCAAACACUGCCUUGUGCCUGGCCUUGUUGGGCCAGCAAAGCUGCCACUACGUUACCCGGGCUGAAUACUUUGUCUCCCGGGCCUCUGCUAGCAUUGCCCUUCUUAUGGCUCUUCCCUUGGUUGCCAUGUUUAUCGUGGACUUGACCAUCUUCUCCUUACAGUCGCUAUAUCUGUACAUUGGCCGCCGCUGGCCUCUUGCCAAAGCUCCUCCUCUUGCAGACACUGGUUUCAAGUUCAAGUCGCCUAACCUCGUUCGCAAGAUUAUUCACGAUUGGAACAUCACAAAGGCAAGAUGUCGUCUAAUCGGCUACGCUUGGUUAGCAAGAACCCGCCGGAAACACUAA